AACACCAAUCCACUCUUCCCCUCCUUUUUUCUUCACUCCCCAUUGCUGUCCCCACCCCAGAUUCCCGUGCAAUUUCCCCCAAAUACUUAAUUGAGCAAUUGGGAAUCCUCACGUGUGGGCUGAUUUGUAGUUUGAACACGUGGCUCAUUCAAAAAAGCCGGAAUAGCAGAGUUUUUUUUUUUCCUCCUCCUUUCUUCUUAUUCUGGGCUGUAGACUUAGAGGCGGGCGCCAGCCUCACCGUGUGUGACAUUCUCUGUCUCUUUGCCAAGGGGUUUGGAAGAAGACACAAAGUAGUUUCUCCUCCUUUUCUCCCGGCCCGCCAACGUUUGGAGAUUAAUAAUUGAGCGUUUAUUUAUUGCGCGACAGAGAGCGAACGCACACCUAGGCUGCCAGUUUAAAUUCUGAGGCUUGAACGACCGGGAAGCACGCCACAGCCGCUCAGUCCGUAGUAGUAACGGCGACGCGGGCUACUCCACGCACACCGCACUUGCACAUCCACGGGAGUAGGUAACUGACUCUCCCUCCGCGUAAAGAUUGUCCCCUCUCGGCGUGGAACAUGAAUAAGCUUUACAUUGGCAACGUGAGCGCAGAGGCGAGCGAGGAGGACUUCGAAAGUAUCUUUGAGCAGUGGAAGAUUCCGCACAGUGGUCCGUUUCUGGUCAAAAGUGGCUAUGCGUUUGUGGAUUGCCCGGACGAGAAGGCAGCGAUGAAGGCCAUCGAUGUUCUUUCAGGUAAAGUUGAACUCCACGGGAAACUUCUGGAAGUGGAGCAUUCUGUCCCUAAGCGUCAAAGGAGCUGUAAGCUGCAGAUCAGGAACAUCCCGCCUCACAUGCAGUGGGAGGUUUUGGACAGUAUGCUGGCUCAAUAUGGGACCGUAGAGAGCUGUGAACAAGUAAACACUGACACAGAGACUGCAGUAGUAAAUGUUCGAUAUGCAGCCAAAGACCAGGCCAGACUGGUGAUGGAGAAGCUGAAUGGAUAUAUGAUGGAGAACUAUGCCUUAAAGGUGUCUUAUAUACCAGACGAGACGGCGGCUCCAGAAGGUCCUGGAGUUGGAGGCAGGAGAGGCUUUAAUGCUCGCGGUCCCCCUCGCUCCGGCUCCCCGGGUAUGGGUGCACGGCCCAAGGUGCAGUCAGACAUCCCGCUGCGCGUGCUUGUUCCAACGCAGUUUGUUGGUGCAAUAAUCGGGAAGGAGGGCGCCACUAUUCGCAACAUAACCAAACAAACUCAUUCAAAAAUUGAUAUUCAUAGAAAAGAAAAUGCCGGUGCAGCAGAGAAACCCAUCACCAUUCACUCAACUCCUGAAGGCUGCUCCAAAGCUUGUACAACCAUUAUGGAGAUCAUGCAGAAGGAAGCCCUCGACACGAAGUUCACUGAGGAAAUCCCACUGAAAAUCCUUGCACAUAACAACUUUGUAGGAAGAUUAAUAGGGAAAGAAGGCCGCAACCUAAAGAAAAUUGAGCAGGAUACGGGGACCAAGAUCACAAUCUCACCUCUUCAGGACCUCACGCUGUACAACCCAGAGCGAACCAUCACAGUGAAAGGCUCCAUUGAAGCGUGCUCUAGGGCGGAGGAGGAGGUGAUGAAGAAGGUCAGGGAGGCGUAUGAAAGUGACAUGGCUGCUAUGAAUCUCCAGUCUAACCUGAUUCCUGGCUUAAAUCUGAAUGCUUUGGGAUUGUUUCCCAGUGGAACUCCAGGAAUGGGCCCCUCCAUGUCCAAUUUCCCGCCUUCAGGAGCCCACGGUGGAUGCUCGUCAUUCGGAUGCAGUCUUUAUGCGACUGAGGGGCCAUUUUGGGCUUCUAUGCUUUCGGCGAGCAGCCAGCCCCUCGCUCAGGGACAGCCGGAGUCGGAGACGGUUCACCUGUUCAUUCCUGCGCUUGCAGUGGGAGCCAUCAUUGGCAAACAGGGUCAACACAUUAAACAGCUGUCUCACUUUGCAGGAGCCUCCAUCAAGAUUGCUCCUGCAGAAGGAAUGGAUGCCAAGCAGAGGAUGGUCAUUAUCGUUGGACCACCAGAAGCUCAAUUUAAGGCCCAGUGUCGCAUCUUUGGAAAAUUGAAGGAAGAGAAUUUCUUUGGACCCAAAGAAGAGGUAAAGCUGGAGGCCCACAUCAAGGUUCCUUCUUUUGCUGCCGGAAGAGUCAUUGGAAAAGGUGGAAAGACGGUCAAUGAGCUGCAGAACUUGACAUGUGCAGAAGUGGUGGUGCCCAGGGACCAGACGCCUGACGAGAACGACCAGGUCAUCGUAAAGAUCAGUGGGCACUUCUUUGCAUGUCAGCUUGCCCAGAGGAAGAUUCAGGAAAUCCUGGCCCAGGUGAGGAGGCAGCAGCAGCAGCAGCAGUUAAAACCCCAGCCUGGAGGCCAGCCUCCCAUGCCUCGUAGGAAAUGAUCUGCUGGUUUCAGAGAAAUGGCGACUCGGUCUGUCAGAAGACUCAAAAGACGGCCGGAUGCAGAAGAGUGUAAGGGGAGGAAGAUGACGACAGACGGUCCUAACGCUCAUCUCAGGGGUCGGAGGCUAUCUGAUCCGAAUCGGACUUGCACCCCUCGCUGACUUGAACUGUUGAGUGUGGCAAAUAAGACCCUUUUGCCUUUGGAAGCUCCACCCACUCAACCUCAGCAUCUCCUGUGAGAAUGUAUGUCUGAGGGCUCCCACUGUCACCGGCCCUCACAUGUACAAUCCUUGGACCGCUCUCCUCCCCCCACGGGUGCGUUUGUUUUUAUUUUCAUUUUACACUAGAAGAAGUGCCCCUCCCCUCCCCUUUUACUAUCACCUCCUCGGUGUGGUACUUUAAACGUGACAAGAUGUUUUGGUUGACUUCAGAUGUAGUUGUCCUGGUGUUUAUUGGUGGUAAAGCUUUCUCAUGAGUUUCCUGUGGAAGGGAAAAGGCAUUGCUUGGUCCUAGUCGACCAUCAGAGGUUUUUUUGUGGGGGGGAGGGAGGGUCGGCCCCAGUUGGGAGGGCCAUGUUUAGGCAAAAGGAACCCUGAAAGGGUGGGUUGUAUGAGGCGUUCUGCCUGUAUAAAGAUAGUGGCAUUUUAAAGAAAAAAUUGGAUGCAUUUUAUAGAUAGACCUAUAUAAAUAGAUCUAUUAAGAGAGGGCAGCACUACGGCUGACACUUAAAAGUAGGGUGCUGAAUUAUGAGGUGCCCAGAAAAAUCAAUAUAUUAUGCAUUUUACUUAACUACCUCAGGAUCUAGUACCUCAAAAGAGAAAGCGUAUAUAUAUAUAUUAAAGUUUUUUUUUUUUUUUUUUUGGUGGUAUUUUGUAUACUUUAUAAAGCUGAUGGUCUUUGAACAUUUUUUAUUUUUUUAUGAAAAUUUAAAACUGGGUCAGCUGCCAUCUGACCUUGCCUUCAACUCUGGUGCUUCAGGCGGCAUUGUACAUGUGUGUGUGACCCGAGAUGACCUUGUACAUAAAGUCUAUUUGUACAUUAGCAGCCCCAGAGCAAGAGUUGGCGCCUCCUCAGCUGGCGGCUGACGACAAUAUAGAGAAAAUCGCCUCAGUUUUUUCCCCUGAGGGUCCAUCUUCUUGAAGGAAAAAAUAGAAUACAACCUAAGACAUGCAAAUAAUGCCAACCGUACAUAUUUGCAGCAAUGCCAUUUAGUUUUGGGAUUAUUGAUAAUGCUACUUUAACACGUCAAUGUCUUUUCCGCCUUCCUGCGAGGGCUGCAGUCUUGUGUUGCAGCACAGACUGUGAUAAGUCCUCACCGUAGCUGUGAGCAGAGCUUUUUGUUUUUCCUUCUUUAUGCCCCACCUUCAUCUGUCUCCAGGUCACUCGCCACCCUCAUCACAUCGCUGGUUUCUCAUUUCAUUUUCAUAAAAUAGGCUUUGUUGUUGCAGGGUGGCCUCCUGUAGUCUGUCCAUAAAGUCCACAUGGUGUCAGUCACUGCAUGCAUGGUGUGGAAGGGGGAAGUCACAGUGAUGCAUAGUUUAAAUUUUUUUUAUUUUUGUGCAUUAGGAAAGUGAUUUGGCAUUCUGUUACCCUCAAAUGUAAGCAGAUGUUUCAUAAUGUUGCUCAUAUAGGGAUAACAGACAACAAAAGGCACAAAACGAUGAAGAAUCUUGACUUUGGGGGAGUGAGAAGAAAAUCAAACAUUAAAAAAAGUAAAAGUCUUUUUUUUUUUCCGUUUUCUAUGCCGAAUGUAAAUAUGUUGUGGUAUAUGUCUCUAUCCAUGCUUCCACAGUAGUAAGUCUACCUCAGCUUAGGGGGUGGAGGGGGUUAUUGCAGCACCAGGCACGCCACCCCACCCCCACUGAGCGCCAGCGCGCACCAAUACCUCAGCCCCCUCCCUUCUCCCCCGAACACCUCUUCCUACCUGGGCGCGCCUUCCUAACACCACGCUUAACUGAGGGGGCUCAAGUGAUACUUAACAUGACCCCCCCCCCCCCCCCCCCCCCCCUCCAGUUUGUUUUGAUCUACCUCUUUAGACAUUUUGAAUUUGAAAUGGAGGCAUUCUUCUAUUGGUUAGUCCCUCCUCCCACAAUGAUGUAUCCUGUGUUUCUGAUUAACUAAAAAUCAUGAACUGUUUAGAAUUGAGAGAAAAGUGAUCAAAAAAAUUUUUUUCAAUGUUUAUGUAAAAAUAUAUAUAUUCCUUUUUGGCUUUGGUAUCCUCAGCAUUGGUUCCUUCUUUCUGCUUUCUACUUUUGGUGUGGCUUCCGUGUAGUAGAGCUUUUGCUUCAUUUUUAUGGUAAAUGGUCAUGGAUGUUUUUUUUUUUUUCCCCAAAUAGUAAACAUAAGAAAAUACAUUUGAUUUAAACGGCCUGCCUUUUUGUUUCUGAUUCUUGUUUUUACCCCCAGAAUGAUUGCAGAUGUCUUUGUUUUUUUUCCGUUUUUUUUCCCUCAGAUACUACUUUACAUGUCAAUUUGAUUGCUCUUUUUUUCUUUUCAUCUUUUAGCAUUUCUUGGCUUUGUAAAGUGGAAAAUCCUUGUUUUUGGGUCAGAUUUAAGGGACUGAAUAUCUUUUUUUUUUUUUUUUUUUUUUUUAAGGAAAAACAAAGUUUAGCAUGAUAUUUCCCCCUCCGACCAUGCUUGUGCCCCACCCCCAUCACACACAGCUCCACUUGUCAAAUGCCUCUGAAUAAAAAGAGAAAUUAAAGUUU